GUAAAGUGUUAAAACACAUUUUCAUACGUUGAUAGUUAUACUAAUAAAAUGGUGAAAACAAAUGCGAAAACAUGGAUACAGAAUUCUUAAGAUACAAAUUUGAAAACAUUUACGAUGGGGUUAUUACAAAAACAAAAUUCAAAAUCGGUAUUCGGCACAUUCAAGUAUGUUACAUGUUCCUCUGUUCCGUGGUGAUGGGUGUUAUGAGAGGCAGCAUCGGGAUUGCAAUUCUGUGUGUUUCUGAUCAUGAAAGAUCAGGCGCUAUCUCACAGGUAGAGAUUCACGAAUGGAGCAGACGAAUCGAGGGCACUAUACUGGCCUCAUUCUUCUUUGGAUAUGCUCUCCUCCUGUUGCCUGCUGAGUUGUUCUUGCAGCAAGUUGCUGAGAAAUUUGUUCUGACCGCAGUACUGCUGAUUAACGGAGCGAUAACAGCUGCUAUGCCUACAAUUAUCAAUAAGGGUGGCUGGAUAGCAGCGUGCAAUGCUCUUUUCAUCCUAGGAAUGACACAAGCGUGCGUCACUCCGGCCAAUCAACAAUUGUUGUCGAAUUGGUUGCCGCCAAACGAAAAAAGAGGAUUUAAUUGUUUUGUUCAAGGAGGUCUCUUUAUUGGUAUGAUGAUCGGUAUGCCUGUAUCCGGUCUUCUCUCUCAGUCUCGUCUCGGCUGGGAGCUCAUAUUCUACUCUCAAGCCAUGAUGACAUUUUCAAUGGCUGCAAUAUGGGGGUUGUUAACCGCCAGUUCGCCAGAGCAGCACAAAGCCAUCGGAGAUGCAGAACAGGAAUUUAUAAAAGAAUCCAAAAAGUUUUAUAGAAAAAGACGCUCCCAGCCGCCAUGGCGACGCGUUCUACACUCUACCGAGUUUUGGGCCGUCGCAGCUGUUCACGCCUCACUGAAUGCCAUUUUUAUUUUCUAUGUAGUCGACUUACCAGCGUAUUUGAAGGCUUAUCAUGUUCCUUUGACGGAUGCAACCCUGCACGUGGUGUCGGCGCUGGCGAUGCUGUGGCUGGGUCAGGCUUUAGCCACCUACGCUGUACGGGGGGCAAGGCACAUCGGUCUCUUCGACUAUUUCCUUGACAUCAAGCACUUCAGGAAAUUUAUAAAUGGCCUAAGUGUAUUUGGCACAGUUUUAGGACUAACAUUUCUUCCAAGAUUCGUUUCAUUAUGGGACAACUUGGGUGUGGCAAUUAUAAUGGUGGUCAUGGGGAUUCUCGGCGUGCAGUUUUCCGGUUUUCUGGAGAAUCACCGCGACAUGACACAGAACUACAGCGGUACGCUGCUGGUAAUGACGAGCGCAGUAGCAAGUGUGGUGGGGGCCGCGGUGCCGCUGGCAACAGGGCUCCUCGUAGCGGAUGACAUCAUGUUAUUUCAGACGGACGACCGCAGAUGGCGGGUCGUGUUGUCGUUACUGUCCGGACUGUGUGUUGUGUCGGGAGUCGUGUACGCCGUGUGGGGCAGCGCUGAGCGUCAGAAGUGGGAUGACCAGGAAAUACACAAAUACGGAUUCACCAAUGGUGCCGACAGCUUGGAACUUCAAGAAACAUUUACGACAAAAGGAAAGGACUUCGACAAUGAAACUUAUUUAGCGAUUUCAUGAUUUUUUUUUUAUUAAAUUGUUUAAAUUUAUGAGGACUUAAUUGAAAUAAAAUGUGAAAUUUUAUCAAAUAUACCAUUAAUAUAAA